GCUUUAUGUGUGCAUGUGCACUUAAAGACGAAUCUGCUAUUCUAGGUCCUGUCUCUGUGUUCUCGCUUUUACCCCCCUUGUGUUCGAUGGUGUGAGCAAGGGAAAGUAAAAAGGCAGCCCUAUCAUUCGGACCCUUCUUCCCUCCCAUCACCCCCUCCCUCCUCCACAGGAGAAAUUCAGUUAUUCAAGCACUAGGACGAUCCCACACUGUCUACGAUCCUACAAGAAAUAUAAACCAUUCGAAAUCCUCAUGUUCAGAAAACGCAACAGCUGCAAUCAGCCGGACAUCCUUUUGCCUGAGUGUUUUUGCCACCACUGAAAAUCUUCAUUUAGUCUUCGGGUUCCCUUUAAUUUUUUUCCUCUGGUAGGGAAAUUGCUCCUCCGCCAGCAUCAGCAGCCGCGGCUCCUUGAUGUUGUGGCGGAUUGUGCGCAUGCGCCCCACAUUGGAAUUACUGCACUGGCCACAAUAAGUUGGCUAUCUUCUGUCUUCACUGAAAUUCUAAAUCAUAUCAAAACUAUGGCGAUGUUGAGAAUCAGGAAAAGGAGCUACUUUGGGGUCUGGACGUUCCUCCUAAUCGUGGCGGUUGUCUGUGCGCAAAGUGUCAAUGACCCUAGCAAUAUGUCACUGGUUAAAGAAACCGUGGAUAGACUGUUGAAAGGAUAUGACAUUCGCUUGAGGCCAGAUUUUGGAGGUCCCCCGGUGGCUGUUGGCAUGAACAUAGACAUUGCCAGUAUAGACAUGGUUUCUGAAGUCAAUAUGGACUAUACGCUGACAAUGUAUUUUCAACAAGCCUGGAGAGAUAAGAGACUGUCAUAUUCUGAAAUUCCACUCAAUCUGACCUUGGAUAACAGGGUUGCUGAUCAGCUCUGGGUCCCGGACACCUACUUUCUCAAUGACAAAAAGUCAUUUGUACAUGGAGUCACCGUGAAGAAUCGAAUGAUACGGCUUCAUCCUGAUGGAACAGUUCUAUAUGGCUUACGGAUCACUACAACGGCAGCCUGCAUGAUGGAUCUCAGAAGGUAUCCUCUGGAUGAGCAGAACUGCACACUUGAGAUAGAAAGCUAUGGUUAUACUACAGAUGACAUUGAAUUCUACUGGCGAGGUGGUGAUAACGCUGUCUCUGGUGUGGAAAGGAUAGAACUUCCCCAGUUUUCUAUUGUGGACUACAAACUUAUCUCCAAGAAUGUCGUUUUCUCUACUGGAUCAUAUCCCCGGCUUUCCCUCAGCUUCAAACUAAAGAGGAACAUUGGUUAUUUCAUCCUGCAGACAUACAUGCCUUCAAUCCUUAUCACAAUCCUCUCCUGGGUUUCUUUCUGGAUUAACUAUGAUGCUUCAGCUGCCAGAGUUGCUUUAGGUAUCACGACUGUCCUGACCAUGACAACAAUUAACACUCACUUACGAGAGACUCUUCCCAAGAUUCCCUAUGUCAAAGCCAUUGAUAUGUACCUGAUGGGUUGCUUUGUCUUUGUAUUCCUUGCUCUGCUGGAAUACGCUUUAGUAAACUACAUUUUCUUUGGGCGAGGGCCACAACGUCAAAAGAAGGCUGCAGAAAAAGCUGCUACAGCUAAUAACGAAAAGAUGAGAAUGGAGGCUAACAAGUGGUUGGUGGGAAAUGUAGUUCAGAGAGACGAUGCUCUGUAUGCCAGAAUGAAACAGAGGGAUAUUGACGCUCAUGACUCGAUGUGGGAACCAAUCUUUGUGGAGGAUGCAGCAAUAGGACUAGGCGAUCAAAAGAAUAAGAUGGACCCUCAUGAAAACAUUUUGUUGAGCACACUUGAGAUAAAGAAUGAGAUGGCCGCCUCUGAGCUCACAUUGGGCCUAGGUGACCCAAGGAGCACAAUGCUUGCUUAUGACAGCUCUACUCUUCAGUACCGCAAAGCUGGUUUGGCCAGGCACAGUUUUGGACGCAAUGCUCUUGAGAGGCAUGUAGCCCAGAAGAAAAGCAGGCUACGGAGGCGCGCCUCACAGCUGAAAAUUACCAUCCCCGACUUGACUGAUGUAAACUCUAUUGACCGAUGGUCACGGAUGAUAUUUCCCGUUGUCUUCUCCUUCUUCAAUGUCGUUUAUUGGCUGUACUACGUGAAUUAAGAAGAUGGAGCGCUAUGAAAGUAUUCCACUUGUUGGUUAAUUUUGCAACAAUGAAAGACUUUGAAUUAUAAAUUUCAA